AUGGAGGAGGAGGAGGAAGAGGAGGAGGAGGAGGAGAAGGAGGAGAAGGAUGAGGAAGAGGAGGAGGAGGAAGAGGAGGAGAAGGAGGAGGAGGAGGAGGAAGAGGAGGAAGAGGAGGAAGAGGAGGAAGAGGAGGAAGAGGAGGAAGAGGAGGAAGAGGAGGAAGAGGAGGAAGAGGAGGAAGAGGAGGAAGAGGAGGAGGAGGAAGAGGAGGAGGAGGAGGAGGAAGAGGAGGAAAAGGAAGAAGAGGAGGAGAACCAG